AACACAGGCGCGUUUCUAUUCAGGUUGAGGAACAGCUAUGCCAAAGAUUUCGAAAUAUACCCUAUUAGAAGCGACAAACGACAUGAGGCACAACGUGUGAGGCCACAUGAGGGACCAACAUUUGGUGAUGGUGAUCUUUCAUUGAAGACGAUGUCAGUUGGCUCCAUUCAACACGGAAAUUCAUUCGAAAACUGGAAUGGCUUGUUUUUGCCUGUACACACAGAGAAUUUUAGCAUUUCUGACAUUGAAGUGUUAUACCCCAAAGACAGUUUGUGCAAAGAGCCAUGCAACCACUACGAGGGAAACUGUGAUGAAAUUACUACCAAGUGUGUUUGUGAUUGGACAGAGCGCAAUGUGGAGUGGUGUUUGGAAGGUGAUCCGAAAAAGAUUAUCAAUCUCUACCAUGAUGCUAUGUCCUACUGGGCUUUGGACUCUGUCGAAGAUUUAAAGGACCGCGCAAGACUGGGUUGGGGAGAGGCGCACGGUACGGUGAGCCUAGUUGCUAAGGGUCUUAGUGGCCAGGCCAUACAGCUAGACGGUGUGAGUGGAUGGGUCGACCUCGGAAAUCUGGGCACCUUUUGUCAAAUACGGAAGUGUUCCGAAGAUUUUAGUAUUUCUAUGUGGAUGAAGUAUUAUCCUAGGGAGAACGGCGACAAUGAGAUCUUCCUGCAUUUCGAUAACGGGUUUACAGUGGCACAAUUAUUUUACGAAGCGAAAUCAAAGCUAGUCGGACUCUCUAUUAGCACAAGCUCAUUGGGGGCUUCUUGCAGAUUUUCAGUUGCAAAGGGAUUUUGGACACAUCUGGGUUUCUCCUGGGAGAGUGAGGAAAAAUCUCUUAACAUCCAAAAGAAUGGGGAAACAGUUGUCAGUCGGAAAGUGUGUGACCCAUGCAGUACUCCUUCCGCACACGGUCCAUCGCUCACGAUUGGUGCUGGAUCUUUCCCCAAUGCCUCGUUUGACGAGAUUGCAAUUUGGAGCAUGUCUCUUGAGAAAGACAGAUUUGUGAACAUUUACAACACAUAUAGAGGUCCCGAAAAACUUCAUGUUGAGUUGUCCCUUCAGUUUACCGGGAUCUCCUGGAGUGAUGAUUUCCAUGAUCCAGAAUCUAAAAAUUUUACAGCGCUUUUUCAAGUCUUGAGGAAUGAGAUCGUUACCUUCUAUUCGAGCAUGCAAGAAGUUAACAUAACUUCAGAAAACAUAUAUUUAUCAGGAUGCUGGGACGAUGGUGGACGGGUGUCAUGUAACUUGACCCUUCAUUAUGACAGUGCAGGAUACAAACAGCUUGGUUUCCUAUUGGAUAAUUGGAUUCCUCGCGCAAACGUAUUUAAUGUCCCUGGAAUCGUACUCCUCAGAAGUAGAAAUGACAAUGUUCCAAGUACCCCAGUCUCCGGAUUAAAGGCACUAGCUACUGGUCCACACUCAGUCGAGGUGUCCUGGAAUACACCAUCUGAUGAAGACAUUCCUGGCAUAUUAGUUGGUUAUGUGGUUUACUACAAAGAAACAUUAACAGUCAGUGACCAGUGGACAAGAAUAGAGGUCUAUGACAUGAAAGGUCUUUAUCCCAAUCUAAACAUUACACAACUGGAAGCUUACACAACAUACACUGUAAAUGUAUCAACAGUUAGUCUUGAGGGUGAAGGAAUAAGCGCUAGUGUAACCGUAGCCACAGACGAAACAGCCCCUCCCCGGCCCGUGGUCAAUGUAGUCGCGUCUGCCACCAGUCCCACUAGCAUCGGGAUAUCCUGGGACCCUCCCAGUCAUUCGCAGCGUACCCCGGGGUUGGUGCGGGGACACCGGAUCUUCUUCACCAAAGCUGAAGAUAUUAUCAGCCAAACUGUAUAUGAAACUAAGUACGGUGACAAUAUAACGAACUAUGUCGUAAGGGAGAUGGCGUUGAGGAAUGAGACGGUUUUCGAUGCAGGAUUGACUACUUAUGACAUUAAGGGUUUACAGCCGUACACCAAUUACUGUCUGUGGAUUACAGUGUUCACUGUGGCUGAUAGUCCUAACAGCCGUGCUGUGUGCUUGUUGACAGAUGAAGACCCUCCUGUUGAAAGUCCAGUGAUUCACAAUAUGGUUUCACUCGAGCCCACCUCCUGUUCAUUUCACUGGACUCCAAUCCCCAUCUACCAACGUAAAGGAGUGUUACUGGGGUAUAGGAUUGAGUACACGUCUUUGAAUCACUCCACGAAUCCUUCAAAUGUUAUAACAAGCUCCAAUAAAACAAACUUUGUUCUCAGUGGUCUAAAACCUUACACAAACUACUCGAUUAAAUUAGCCGAACUUACUUCAAAAGGCACUGGAAAUUACAGCAGCCCAGUCGAAUGUUUCACCAUGGGGGAUAAGCCAUCAGCUAGCCCCACGGGUCUCUCAGUUGAAUCUACCACGCCGACCAGCUGCGAAGUGGCCUGGAAUGAUAUACCUAGACAGUUUGUCAACGGUGAACUGUUCAGUUAUGAAGUUUACGUGGUAAAAAAUGACUCCGCUGACCAAUCAUCGGCUGACGAACUCUCCAUAGUAGCGCUUGUGUGCCACAGUUCUCCCAGAGUGAAGAUCAACUCGCUACAUUCAUUUACCUCAUACAAUAUUAAAGUGGCUGUGCACAAUAACAUUGGCAAGGGGAAUUUUAGUGAAGCGGUUGAAUGUCUCACGAACGAAACAGCACCCACUUUGCCUCCACAAAACAUCAAAGGAUACAGCACAAGUGCGCAUAGCAUCAUGGUCUCAUGGGAUCCAGUCCCCGAGUCAGGAAGAAACGGUAUCGUUAGAGAGUACCGCGUAGAAUACUCGACGGAGGAUAGUAACAUCUUAUCAAUUUGUGUGCAAGCGAGAAUUGAAGUUAUGCGUAAAGAGCUGCUCGGAUUGCAGCCUUUUUCGAAUUACACCAUAAAGGUGGCCGCCAAAACUGUUGCCUAUGGUAACUACAGCGAGCCUAUCUUUGUCACCUCUGGAGAACUCGCUCCUACCACGUCACCGAAAAUCACCGAAUAUUACAACACCAGCGCCCGCAGUAUCUUUGUCAAGUGGAGUCCCCUACCAGGGCCACUAUACGGAGUCUUGCGUGGUUAUCGAAUCAUCUAUAAGAAUCUGAACGACUCACAAAGUGAAGAUCAAAAUAUAACUGUUGAUGCAGAUACAUUGUCCUCUGAAAUAAGAGAGCUUGAGAUCGACUCAAAGUAUAAAAUCCGGGUGUUAGCAUUCACAGUGGCUGACGGUAACGCAAGCCUACCAGUUGUGGUUUCCACGGACAGCAAAAUUCUCCCGCCGCCGGAUCGGGUUCCUGAAAAUUUAGGCCUGAGCAACAAAACUUCUACAAGCUGUGUUCUGUCUUGGGAUGGCGUUACAAACACGCACACAGACCCCGACGGAGCUGUAACAGGUUACUAUAUAUAUUAUAGAAAAGCUGGUUCCAAUGACACGUUUGAUGAGGUAGAUGUUACAGAAGCAAACAAGACGGUCUUUACUGUGGGAAACCUUGAAAAAUACGCCGAGUACGAGUUUAGCAUUGUUGCUUAUAACAUCUAUGGCAAAGGAAAUGCAAGUGAUACCUUUCAUUGCAAGACAGCGGAGGAUGCUCCGAGUUCCCCUCCUCGCAAUCUCAGGUCUGCUCAUGUCAAACCGCGGGAAGCAACGAUAGAGUGGGAUAUUCCAGCCGAAGAAGACUGGAAUGGGGUUAUACGGGGAUUUACCAUCAUGUAUUACAGAAAGGAUAAAGGGAAUUCCACGGCCGAGUAUAGGCGUAUACCACUUAGCGAGUUAAACGUACAGCUAACCGGAUCAGGAUCUGUGAGAAGAAAACGAGCCACAGACUUCUCAUGGACCUUGUCUGACCUUGAUGAAUACACCCUGUAUAGCAUCCGCAUUCUGAUGUACACCACUGGUGACAGCGAGUACAGUAUCCCUUUAGAGAUACGAACAGCAGAAGCAGCCCCGUCCUCUCCCCCCACGGGAGUCUCCGCCGUCAACAACGAAAGCUCCACGAGUUUACUAGUCACGUGGUCUCAAGUCCCGUAUGAGGACCGUAAUGGCGUUAUAAGAGGUUUUGUAAUCGCCUAUUGGUUAGUUGAUGAUCCAAGUAAUGUUCAGUACGUUAAUAUGCCCAGUAAUACCUCAGGUGUUAGUGGUGAGAAAAGAAGGAGAAAGAGGGCCUCACAUGAUUCCUUUGAGCAUACCUUGACAGGACUCAGAAUUUGGACCCAUUACCAUGUUAAAGUUGCCGCGUUUACAAUCAGCCGGGGACCAUUCAGUGAGCCUUACAUGGCGCGGACGGACGAAGGAGUCCCUUGUCUGCCACCACAAGACGUCACAUUCGAUGUCCCGGGUCUGACUUCACUCCUAACAAAGUGGAAACCAGUCCCUGAACACUGCCACAAUGGAAUAAUUCUCGGAUACAGAGUCAAAUAUCGGCGGCUGGAUGGGGUCGCAGGGGAGAGGGUUGAAAACACAACCGCUGACAUACUAUACGCGUUUCUUUUUGAUCUGGAUACUUUUGCCAAUUACACCAUUGGGAUCGUCGCAUUUACAAGGAAGGGUGAGGGGAAUGCUACUUUCGAUCUGGCAUUACCGGACAACCUGGGAACUAAAAGUACGCCACUGAACUUAACAGCGUACAACUACACCACAACUACCUCUGUUAAUGUCACGUGGGGACCAAUUGACGACGAGUUGAUACUGGGGAGAUUACUUGGUUACCGCGUGUUCUACAGGGCCGUCAGGAUUGGAGACCAGGAAGUUGAGGAGGGGGAAGAGCCAACUUACAACAUAACUGUUCGAAAAGAUACUUUUGAAAUUGUUCUUGAAGGAUUGGAUCCAUAUACUCGUUACCAGAUCAAAGUGUCCGGAUUUAGCCGCAUGGGGGAUGGACCGAGUGCGAUCACCGCAGGAGAUACUUGUCGCUGUCACAAGCGCCUGACCACCAAUUAUCGCCUCUUCCCACCAUACGUGAACCAAUUCCCAUUAACUCAUAAUGGAAACAUUAGUGUUGAGAACAUGACAGGGAUGCUCCCUCAAAUCCUCAAUGACCUUAUAGUCACGUGCUGUCAGACAUGCGCAUCUCACGGAGAAUCGUUUGUGGACUUCAUGUACAACGGCACCAAUGGUGAAGCUAAGCAGGAAAGCGAAAGAAACAUGAAGCUUUUGAUUGAAGAUCGCAACGACCUCAGUUUUCCCGUAUAUGGUUGGAAGUGGCAAGAAAACUACGGCUCAGAUAACCGCUACAUUCCUCUGGUGGAAUCUCCGGGUGUGGCCUUUAUAAUAAUCGAACCCGACGAUCGAAGUCCGGCGCAAAGAUUACUGGGUGAAGUAUUUGCAACUUGGCCCUACUGUGUCAUAUCAUCACUUCUUGCUGCUAUAGCUGGGAUUAUUAUAUGGUUUCUGGACACAAAGUACAACCCAGAAGAGUUUCCUCGCUCAUUUUGGCGUGGAUCGGGGAACGGGUUUUGGUGGGCCUUUAUUUCCAUGACAACAUUAGGAUAUGGUGACAAAGUUCCGUCAGCUUACUGGUCCAAGGUGUUCGCAAUUGUUUGGAUCCUAAUUGGACUCGUCUUGAUGAGCACACUGAGCAGUGCUCUGACCUCUGCCGUUUCACUCUUCGUAGUUCAAAACAACCUUGUUCUGUACGGAACUAAGGUGGCAGUAAUUCAUGACACUCCAGAAUACCGAUUAGCUGUGGCCAGAAAUGCCAUUGUGGAUAACGAACAUCCCUAUGAAACAUUUUCCGAAGUGUACGAGGCGCUAAUCAAAAAAGAAGUUCAGGGAAUGUUGAUCGACUCUUACGAAGCUGGAACUAAAAGAGAUCAAUUCAAAGACCCUCGGAUUCGUAUCCACACCAUAUUUGACUACGAGUCUACUUACGGAGUGGUUUUGGCUGGUAACUCGACCAGGUUACUGCAGUGCUCCAAAAGCUACAUGCAGAGUCACAAGGCCGAGAUGUUUGAGCACAUUGGGAAGUUUAUCCACGCCAUAAAGGAAGAUCGCGUCUCUGAAAGUGUGGAAACUGCGUCAGGUUUGUUUGAUCCGAAGAACACCAUGUUCAGGUAUCUUACGUACACUGCGGCUGGAGUCGUGUCGCUGGCAAUUCUACUGGGACUCAUAUUGGAAUUCAUACAAUGGUUUUCUGGGCGAAAGAAAGAACACCUCGGUGACCCAGAUGGAGAAAACACCAAACAUCUCCAAGAAAUGAGGACUUUUGUGGAAGAAUUUUAUUGUAACUUCAAGACAAAUUAUUCACAAAUGGCAGAGAGACAUCGUUCUCAGCUUAAGGGGCUCAAGACUUGUCCGCCAGACAUCAACGAGCGUUCUUCAAAGGCGAGUCGGCCGUGGUCUAAAAUUAUCAUACCAGGUUUCUUUGCUAGCAAUUACGAUGGAGAGACGAAGUCUGCCGCUGAGAAUUUCUACGAGGAUCCUGAUGCCCUUUUGUACUAAGAAAAGAGAGGAUCAAGCAUUUAAUUAAGAGAUUGAGUCCGCCAGACUAAUCUCAUUCUUAGCCGGAGCAUUUCCUCCGUGAACAGAGACUUAGCGAAGUGCUGGAGAGAUUUUUUGCCCAUAAGUUCGAAGUUACAUUUGCCUCUGCACGAAAUUUUAGUCCGACAAUUCGCCCAAAACAGUAGGCUUCUUCAAAAUUGGAUGAAUUUUCAUCGGAUUCUCGCGAUAAACUAAUUUUUAUCAUUUUUCGUCGAAAAGCCCGAGACGCACGAAUCUCGCUAGAUUUCGCUAUCUUCAUUUUGCUCGAUUUGGAGAUAAUUUCAGAUCGUUUUAGUUUUUGGAGACCCAAAAAGGAUGAAAAGCCAUCAAUUUUGGUCAAUCAAUCAACUGUGCAUGAGAUAUUAUCAGCUGCUAUUAGUCUUUGUUAUUUAUUGAUGUCCCAUUGGCUCUCUGCCAAAACAUUUACCACUAUACAUUUCUUUUAGCAAGGUAAUCAGACAAAUUCAAUAAGGCAA